CUUGACUUGCACAGCCACACGCAAACGCACACGCACACACACACGCACACGUCGAGCGUGUCCACUGGAGGUGCAGCAGUCCCGCAUACCCACACAGACACACAUUUUUCUGUACGUGCCUUCACAGUGCAGACAGAGGUUGUAAAUAUGGCGGCGGACGGGAUGGUGCUCACUAACCACGACCAUCAGACUCGAGUGGGGAUCUUGACAGUAAGUGACAGCUGUUUUAAGAACCUGGCUGAGGACAGGAGUGGAGUCAACUUGAAAGACCUCGUCCAUGAUCCAUCACUGCUUGGAGGAGUCAUAGCAGCCUACAAAAUAGUUCCAGAUGACAUUGAAGAAAUUAAGGAAACUCUUCUGGAGUGGUGCGAUGAGCAGGAGCUAAAUCUCAUUCUUACCACUGGAGGCACCGGUUUUUCACCACGUGAUGUCACUCCUGAGGCCACCAGAGAUGUAAUAGAGAGAGAGGCUCCAGGUAUGGCUCUGGCCAUGCUGAUGGGAUCACUCAACGUUACCCCACUAGGCAUGCUGUCCAGGCCAGUGUGUGGUAUUCGAGGUAAAACUUUGAUCAUCAACCUGCCAGGAAGCAAGAAAGGCUCUCAGGAGUGCUUUCAGUUCAUCUUGCCUGCCCUGCCACAUGCAAUUGACCUGCUGCGAGAGGCUGCAGUCAGAGUCAAGUCCACGCAUGCCGCCCUGGAACAGCUGCCCUCCCCGUCGCCCCUGCUGGCCAACACACACACUAACACGCACACUAACACCCAUACGAUGGAGCGCGGAACCCAGUGUGAGGAGGAGGAUGAUGAUGAGGAGGAGGACCGGCGGAGGGAUCACCACACCCACAAUCACCACCAUCACCAUCAUCACCACUCCCAGCAUGGCUCUUCCCACAUCACCGCAGCUGCUAUUGCUGCCAAGACAAGCCAUGCAGUGGUCAUGGCUAAAGGGGGGUCCUAUCUUCCUGGUGCAUCACCCACCCCACCCACUCAUUUCACCUGCUCCUGUAGCCCUGAUCCACAGAUACCUGAUUCGAUCAUCUCUCGAGGCGUUCAGGUGCUACCUCGAGAUUCUGCUUCUUUAAGCUCCACCCCUUCUGAGUCUCCGCGGGCAACACAGGCAACCUCCCGCCUCUCAACUGCCUCCUGCCCAACUCCUAAGGUUCAAUCACGUUGUGGCAGUAAUGAGAACAUUCUGAGAGCCAGUCACAGUGCAGUGGACAUCAGUAAAGUCGCACGCCGCCAUCGGAUGUCCCCGUUCCCAUUGACUUCAAUGGACAAAGCCUUUAUCACUGUUUUAGAAAUGACACCUAUUCUGGGAAUUGAAGUCAUUAACUACAGAGCUGGUUUGGGUCGAGUCCUUGCUCAGGACAUCUAUGCCAAAGAUAACCUUCCUCCCUUUCCUGCCUCUGUGAAAGAUGGCUAUGCUGUUCGAGCUGCUGACGGCCCCGGAGACCGUUUCAUCAUGGGAGAGUCACAGGCUGGACAACAGCCCACUCACACUGUGAUGCCAGGUCAGGUGAUGAGGGUAACGACUGGGGCUCCGAUCCCCUGUGGAGCUGAUGCUGUGGUGCAGGUGGAGGACACAGAACUGCUGAGGGAGUCUGAGGAUGGCACAGAGGAGUUGGAAGUCAGGAUUAUGGUCCAGGCUCGACCAGGACAAGACAUCAGACCAAUAGGUCAUGACAUCAGGCGAGGGGAGUGUGUAUUGGCCAAGGGAACACAUAUGGGCCCGUCAGAGAUUGGCCUGUUGGCUACAGUGGGAGUGACUGAGGUCAGCGUGCACAAGUUUCCUGUUGUGGCCGUCAUGUCCACUGGAAAUGAGCUGUUAAAUCCAGAGGAUGACCUUCACCCAGGGAAGAUCAGAGACUCUAACCGCUCCACUCUUCUGGCCACCAUCCAGGAGCAUGGGUACCCCACUAUCAACCUGGGCAUCGUUGGCGACAACCCUGAUGACCUGCUCUCAGCUCUCCACGAAGGUAUUAGUCGCGCUGACGUCAUCAUCACGUCCGGGGGCGUGUCCAUGGGAGAGAAGGACUACCUAAAGCAGGUGCUGGAUAUUGACCUUCAUGCUCAGAUCCAUUUUGGACGAGUUUUUAUGAAGCCGGGUCUUCCUACUACCUUUGCCACUGUUGACAUUGAUGGUGCACGAAAACUCAUCUUUGCUCUACCAGGUAACCCAGUGUCUGCAGUGGUGACUUGUAAUCUUUUUGUUAUUCCUGCACUGAGGAAGAUGCAAGGCAUCCUGGACCCUCGACCUACGAUUAUUAAAGCUAGGCUUUCCUGUGACGUUAAGUUGGAUCCCAGACCAGAGUAUCAUCGCUGUAUUCUCACCUGGCACCACCAGGAGCCGCUGCCGUGGGCACAAAGCACAGGAAACCAGGUUUCCAGUAGGCUAAUGUCCAUGAGAAGUGCCAACGGCUUGCUGAUGUUGCCUCCUAAAACUGAGCAGUAUGUGGAGCUCCAUAAGGGGGAGGUUGUUGAUGUCAUGGUGAUUGGACGACUAUGAUGCAGACUUCCGUGUCAAACACUACUGAUUACUGUGGCAGUGCCAGGACUUCCUGUCUGUACAGGAAAUGGGAGAGGGCAGGAAGUGAUGCAUGUCUACCUGGUCACCAUUAGCUGUGAUGUAUAUGCAACAGCCAAUUGGAGCCAGUGCAGUCUGAAUCCUCAGCCGUCUGCUCUGGGGAACUGUAUUUUAAUGGGAAAAAAAAAAGUAAAAACAAAUAUUUAAAAAGAAAUUUAUUCUGUAUUAUUAUUAUUGUUAUUAUUAUUAUUAUUAUAACUACAGAUAUACUUAGAUAAUAUUCUCUUUAUUAUAAUCCCUAUUAUUGAUUAUUAUCACCUAAGCAGUAUUCAUACCCUCACCUUCCUCAUCAUUGGCGCUGUGUGUUAAACACGUUAUAACCUGGUUUAUUGUGGACAUGUAGCUUUCCUUUCCUUUCUCACAUCUUCCUCACGAAACCUGACCUUUUCCCCUUUUAGUACCUCUAAACCUUACUUGGCUGCUGCCCGUUUCACCUCAUCUUUUUCUGUCACCUCUCUGCCCUGUAUCCUGAUAACUCUACUACUUUUAUGCUCUUUAUUGUAGGCCCCUCCCACAACAGUGACCCAAACAUGGAUUCUGACAAAAAUGUUUUUUUUGUAAAAAAAACAACUUUUUUUCUAUUCUAAAAGAGGUGAUUUUUUUUCCUUUUGUUUUGACGUCUAGAACCACACUGUGAAGCUGACCUAAACAUGGUUUUCAGUAAAAGCCAUGAAAUUCUUUGCUAUGACAAUAAUUAUGAAGAAGAUUUAUAAUACACUACAGAAUAAAAUAAAUACAAAAAUAUACAUUUUUGUGUAGAGAGUGGCUUGCAUUUUAACAACUGCAGUUGAAAGGUUCCCUGCAUGAGAGUAAGUCAAAAAGUCCACUUGAAAAUAACCUCUUUUAAUAAAAAUGCCAUCUGUUAAUUGCAUAUCCUCCAUUUAAGUCUUAACACUUCUCCAGGCACCAGGUCACAACCUGCUACUCUGCCACAUAUAAAGACUGAAAUCCACCUUCUUCAGAGAAUGUUCUUUCAAUUUUGGGAAAGAAAGCGCUGAUUGAGCUUGAUCAAAAUGUUUAGUAAACGUAUUACAGGGUUAGAUUUACGUUUCGGUUGUUGUUAGCUCUGAUUUAAAAAUUUUGGAUUAUUAAAAAGUCUUAUAAAUUGUAACAAAUCCCAAGACUUGGCAAAGAUAUACUGCUAAUGAUAAAAUCUGUCAAAGCUGACGGUGACACUUGAGUGACUUAGUACGUUUGAGUUAUUAUCUGAAUUUAUUAAGUCUUAUCCUAGAAUUUGUUUUUUUACUUACCUCUGUAUAACAGGUGGACAGACAGCUGGACACCAAUGCAGGACAGAUGGACCAGAGAUAAUUAGUCCAUCUUUCCAUACUAUUAAUUCGUACAUUUUUAUUUGAUUUUCUUUUUACAUUUCCAUACAGCAUAUUUGGUAGCACUGAGCACUCGAAGGAACUCCUGCUCUUAGGCUGAAUUGUACUGUGAUUGGUCAGAGACUUGCUUUGACACUAUAGGCCACAGAAAAGUGGGUAAAGUCACUUUAAAAACAUUGUUGAAGGCUAUAUCAACAACUAUCUCGACCUACACAGAAAAAGAAUCCUGCCUACCGUACUUCGACACGGCUGGCUCCGAUCGGUUUCAUGUGGUCAUUCAUGUCUGUUCAACAUGUUUAAACCAAAUUUGCAGCUCCUUAUUGUUGCUACACUGUCUUCUCUCUUAUUACAAUGGACCUCAAACUCAAGCCAAGACACAAAGAUCAACUAGAAUUCACUGUCACGCUAAGAGUUAAACAAAGAGAUUGACCCUUGUGUCUUUUUGUUAGCCAUGAAGCUACAACAAAAUCAUUGAAAAUACUGUCGAUUUUUUGCUGUAUGGACGCCAUCCUGUCCAACCACAGCAAAGUCGACCUUUCUCCACUUCCAUCCAGAGGCUCUAAAGAAAGUGGCUUCAGCUUUGAGGACGGUUCAGUAUUUUUACAGCACAGCUGAGAAGUUUUGUUUUCAGCAAAUGUAAUUCCACAUUUGGUGCUAUGUUGAAUAUUUCCGGCAACUCUUCAGUGUGUGUGCGUGUGUGUGUGUGUGUGUGACCCUGUGGCCAAGUAAGAAUAAAAUGUAUCUAACUAAUAGAGAAGCUGGUUAAAUGCAUAGUAGGUUUUUAUCUGUGAUUUGGUUUUGAUAGGAAAAGCAAAGGAUAGGACAAAUUUUCCUUUUGUCAUUAACAGUACUUCUUAAUACUGAGACUAAAAAUUUGUGUUGGCUUUUGUUUUCUUGUUUAAGGUAAUCUGAGGCCUACAACUAUUUCCAAUUUGUACCCAAGAAAUGUGAGGGACUGAUGGUAGAUGACUUGAAAUAAACUACUAUUUCACAGUUUUCUCUAUUCAGUCAAACUGUGACAUGAUAUCACUUGAAAGCAAGGCGUGGCGUUCAGGUGCUCUUACCAUUAUAACUAGUAUAUUCACCAUGGCUGUGCCACGGUGCUUUGUAAAGUUAAAAUAUUCUAUAAAAGCUACAAGUCAAACUUCCUCUCUGAUAAACUGCUGUGGAAUUAUCAUGUGACCGUUAGAAUCUUGAGAGCUUAUUUUACAUUUAGCACUAACAAAAUAGUUCCAGUGUGAGCAAUGCCAAACAGAGCCACAAGGUCAAAGAUCUAAUGCUGCAUUCAGGUCAGACUCCGAAUUCUGCUGAACGGUUGUCUCAUAAAUGUACUUUAAACAGAAGUUGUUGUUUUUUCCCUCGGUGGGCUGCAUACCUUAGUAGUCUGUUUCAAUCUUUGUCCUCUGUCCCCCUUGGCCGAUGCAACCUUUGUCCCUCCUUCCUCCUACUCAUCCUCAUCCUUUUACUUUCUACACACUUGUGCAUGCCCCUAGUGUGGGUGGGUAUCUUUCUCUUUGGGCAGUGUUGAUUCUCUGUGUGAGACCAGGAGUGAACAUCAGAUCUUCUAAUAUGUGGAUGUGUUUUGAGGUUUGUUCUUGAUAACCAUUGGUGCGUAAAUGUCGUUUUCAGAGCCUGUACAGUAAUUUGAUACUAACCCUGUCUAUCGUAUUUCAUGAAAAAAAGCCACCCCUAAAAAUAAGGACACAUUGAUGUCCAAAAAUUCAACACAUAAGCCUCGCCAAAUAUUAGCCACAGUCCCAGUUCGCCAAGUGCCAAACCCAGGACCUUCCUCAUGUAAGGCAGUGCGUGAUAAAUGCUACACUGUGGAACCACCAUAUGUACUGGAUUGAAUAAUUAAACAUUUGCACAAAGUUAAGGUUUCUGCUUAUUUUCAAACCACAUAUGUCGUGUGAAAUAAGGAAGUUAUGUAGCACUUUGUAAAGGAGGCCCUUUUCAUGGCAUCAUGUUCAGACUGAUUGAUCAUGUACAUACUAAUCACCUCAAUUCAAAACCAGUUAUAAAUAAACAAAUACAUUUAAAUCUCAUGCUUAACUUGAACAAAGGUGGGCGAAAAGAGUCCACACAGAAAGAGAGUUCACACCAUAUCCAACAGGUUUUGUUUUCUAUACAAACUAUACAGGUUCUGGGGUACUCUGUUUCUACCCUGUAAAACAGGGGUGUCCACCCUUUGUUGGCUUGGGAGCUACUUUUCAAAUGACCAGACCAAAGUGAUCUACCUACAUUAAUACUGUUUAAUAUAUAUUUAGCCAUAUGAGCUGAAUAUACUUUAUAUAACACAUUAUAUUUUGAUUAAAUAGCUGUAGCCGUUAGGCACAAUAUGAUUCAAUACUUGUAUUGUUGCUGAUUUAGUCCUAGAGAUUUAAUAUUAAAAAAAAAAAAAAUUAUUUUAAUUCCUCAUGAUCUACCAGUACUCCCUUUGAUCUACUUAUUGGACACCCCUGCUGUAUAAUAUACAAAUAAUACAUAUACAUGCAUACAGUUUUUAAGUACAAACCAAAUUCUAAGGCUUAGUAUAAGUGUCCUACUCAUAUAUAAGCCUAAGAGGUGAAAGUCUUCCAAAUGUCGAGCUGUUUAGAGCUUAAAAUAUAUACUUUAUUGUACUGUUUAUGUUGGAUUUUUCACACUGCAGUAAUGUAAUGUGAUGGCUUGGUUUAUAUUCAUUUUUUGGACAGUCCAUUUUAAUCCCUGAGCAUUGCAAUAUUUAAAAUCGAAAUGUAAGCAUGGCUUAAUUUACAUGAAAUACGGUAUCAUCACUCUGCCAGACGUGUCAGAUCCUUUAUGGUUACGCACUACGGUAAUCAGCAACAUUAACAAUAGCAAUUGGGAAAACAGGGUGAAAAAGUUUAGUAAAUAUCUUUGUCGAACCACAACUAAAUUUCAUAUAAAGUAGCCAGUAAUUUAGCUUCUUUGUUUUGUAUUGCUUUCGGCAGCUUUGUUAAUUCUGAUAAUUCCAGAAUGACGUGAAUCCAGCAUCAGAGCUUUGCCUGGCGCCUGCCCAAGGAGGACCAAUCAAACCCAGAUAGAUCCAUUUGAAAAAGAAGAUGCAGGUUAUCGUUAAACUGCCUUUGUACUGAGUGAUUAGUUACAUGGGACUGAACUCAGUGUCACACUGCACAUACUAUAAACUAUGACCAGCACUUGCAAUGAAGCAAUGACACAGCAUUCUACUACUACUGUAUAAAUAUGAUGAAGAGGAUGUUUUUUCUGUAACAUUAUUGAAACUGAAGGUAAAUUAAUAAAAAAUAAUCCUGACUAUUCUG